AUGGCACACAGACAAGAGACCAACUAUGUGUUUCCCAAAACGUCUGAGUGCAAACCAUCCGACCUUGAUGGAUUCCAAUGGUGGGCUCUUCUUGCACCGAAAAAGACAGACCGAACGGCCAAGCCAUACUUUCGUGUUCAAUCCUCUCGUAUGAAGCCAUCCUACUUCUGUACUGAAUAUCGAAGCUUCGAUGCCUUCAAACUAUUUUGCAACUCGUUGGACGGAAUAAAGAUCCAGUCGUCAUCAUCAACUAUGCCGCACAAACUGCGAGGCCAAAGUCGAUUAGAGAGGCUUCCACCUGAGAUUCUAGGAUUGAUCUUCGAGGUUUCAGAGCCCGAUGGAUUCAUCGCUUUGAGUUUAUGCUCACAGUCACUCUGGGCACUUGCUAUCAAUUGGCGACAGAAUGGGUACCUGAGAUGGAGAAAUGCCUUCUCUUUAGCGGGAACUCCAGUUAUUUAUGCAAGCUCAUAUCUCAAAACCCUUCCGCAAUACCUCUACGAUAUGUACCCAAAGUUUGUUACAGAAGAGACGGAAGAGGAAGUGGCUGCCCCUAGACUGUAUGGUCAAGGACGUACGGUUACUCGAUCGACUGCUUGGUUCAACGACAUCGUGCUACAAUCUCACCUGGCGCCCGUCCCUUAC